CAUUUACACGGCGUACCUUUUCCUUCCCCAGCUGUACGAUAUACCACUUGUCCGGAUAGACACAACUAGCGCAGGGCGCUCAGUAAGAGGAGGAUUAUCAUGAGACAUCGAAGAGCACAGUGAUGCCACGACACACAGGCAGACUAGAUCCGCAGAGUAUCACAAGGAGAUUUACGCAGAAUCACGUUGAAUCGAUACAUCUUCGUACGACGACAUGCAAACGUUCUUUCAGUCUUUGCCACUCCGUGACCCUAUUCGCAAGCUUACCUUAUCGUACUGCAAUGUUGCUGCGAUUAUUGCGUGGCCAACGUUCAAGUGCAUCGGUCACACGAAACCGGCAAAUGAGGGAGGCACGCCGUCUCUCUCCCCUUGAAAUGCAGUCCCACGAGCGUACGAAUCAGUCACCCAUGGUCGCUCACAAUCCGCUUGAUACCUUCAUGUUCUCAUCUCGAACCAUGUGCAACGCGGCUAUCAGACACAGACCGUUGUUUGAGGGAAUAUCUCACCACCCAGCCUGGCAACAUCACUCUAUCCCUCAGAUCCCGACCUCCUUACACGCGUGUCCAGCGCAUCGUCAGAACGUCAGACCGCAAAUCCGCACAUCUUUCCCCAAUCCCCCGAUCCCCACAGGCAGGAAUGAAACUUCCAUCUCGACCACGAGGCUUCCAAGCAAAGUGGGUCAAGUGGGUCAGACGAUGAUUUAUUCGCUUCGAGACCUGCAACAACCUUAGGGUCUGGACGGGCCUCUGGAUCGAUCAUGGCAUUUGCGGUGGAUCGGUAGGAACAGGAUCUUGCCAGAGACGUGGUGAAGACUGGGCCAAAACGCUAUGACGUUGUGGCGCACA